AUGUCGACCUUCUCGCGUGUCCCCGGCCACUGGGACGACGACCAGUCUGGCCACAGUGAUCCCCCAUCUACCCGCUCUUCCAACGAUCCUCCAGAGCAUGCCUCUCAUAUUCGGUCGCGAUCUACAGCUCUCGCCCAGAGUCCUAAACGUUUGUCCGUCUUUAGUGGCCGCUCUAGAAGCAACACUACCACCUCGACCUCGUCGCGCCGCUCCCCGGGUUCGUCUAUGACUUCCAUUGAUAGCUCCGUUCCGUCCCAGGACGAGCGGGCGCCCUCGGCGCUGGCUAUGCGAUCUGAUAAAUCAGACCGCUCGUCGAGGUCCCUUUUGGCGCGUGGGAGCCGUAUCUUGCGCCGUCAGGGGAGUAAGAUCAAUAUCGUUGCCACGCUGGACGAGGAGGACGAAUUGGAGAGAAUGCCCCGUCAUCGGGGUCGACAGGUUGAUCACCACGAACGAUUAAAGAGCAUCAUCUCGGAUCCAUUCGAUUUCCACCAUCUCACCCACACCAGUCCUUCCCAAUUCCAAUCUAUAGAUCAAACGCGCGAGAAUGACCUCGUCACGGAGUUUUCGGUCAUUCGCGCUUCGCAGCGCCCUGAGGCUGGCCUCAAGGGUAUUCGCGCUGAUGACAUUCAUUUCCGCAACUUUUCCGCCGAUGACCUAGCUGCCUAUGGAACGGCCACCACGGUUGAUGAGCCCACGCCCCAGAGCCCACCCGGCUCGCCUGCAGCAUCGGGAUCGACUAGCCCAACUCGCGGCCACAUGCGCAGGGAAUCUCGAACUCACGAGAACUUCUCUCGUCCUGUCUCGAGGUAUCCCCGGUCUUGUCCGACGACACCACCUCCCCCGGCAGUAUCAGAGGUGCCUACCGACGAGGGUAUCGAGCCGGCUCCUAGGGCCAUUGAUGAGAUCCUGGGAUUGAACAUUGUGCCAACGUAUCCCGAGUAUAUCGACUCGGAGCGGUCCUCGUCAUCCCAGAUUCAAUUCAGGUCAGAUCUCGCUGAGGAUAUGAACGCCCGCACGUCUUCCGUGAGCAGCCACUACAGCCUUGAAGAGGUCCCCGAGGAGGAAGACGAGGGAACUAGGCUAUGGGAUAGCCCGGACGCCAGCAUUGGCACCGCGCACUCCCGUUCUACCUCGCACGUGAGUCCAGGUACUGUCGAACCUCACCGGGUCUCUCGCACGAUAGCUCCCAAGGCUCCGCUCUCCAUCUUUGUGGCCGAAGAGCUAUCGCGCAAGUUCUCGGAAGCUCUUGGCUCGCCAACACUGCCCCAGACUCUGCCUACUACCCCGCCGAAGGAAGACUCCGAGGCCGCACAGCUGGACACCACGCCUCCCUCGGUCUCUGGCGUUCAACAAUUCUCCUACGACGACGAGAUGUACGACUCUUGGGAUGCUGAUAUCGACUACUGCUACGAGCAUGCCGCGGAGUCAACCUCCAACUUUGACUGGACACGCACCUCUCUCGACGAAACCCGUCCUCAGGUUGGCGUCGCCUGCACGGGCGAGUCUUGGGGUCUCUCCGCUCCACAAAGACCAACCCGGCACCUCCAACCCAGCCCAUUGAGCACAUCCACCCUCGCCACGCCAGACCUGGACUCUUCCUCCGCACGCUCAACCCAACCGCACUCCGCCGCAACACCAUCCACCGAGUACGAGCGUGCCUUCAUCCGCGGACCAACAGACUACUUUCACCCCGUCUCCUCCUCCAUUCUCUCAAAGCAACUAACCCAAGACAUCCUCUACGAGGACUACCUCUCCGGCGCAGACGCCGACGCCGACGCCUCGUCAGACCGCCACUUCCCCUUUGCCGCAAGUGGGAUCCAAAACGCCUCCCCUCGCUCCAGCUUCUCGCCCAUCAGCAAAUGCAACUCGCAGGAGAGCCUCAUGCUCUCCCGCGCAGCGAGCAUCGUCCGCAAACACCGCUCCUCCGUCUCAACCGCCUCCGUUCCAGAACUAGUCCACUCCCUCUCCAGCUCUCGCGAAAUCAUGCCAACAGACCGUCUCAGCGCUGCCGAGAUCCUGGCCCGUCCGGCCUCGAGCUCCCUGCACCGUCAGACGAAGAGUCUGGCCGAGGCGCACAUGCUCACCCACGCUGAUAGCAGUGCUAGCCUGGCGAGUGCUGAGACGGCUCCGCCCGUGCUGCAUGAUCGGUCGAAGAGUACCUCUGAAGUCGACGAGAGUGAUGUCAUGGGUGUGUCUGUCCCAGUUGCUAUGGCUGUUACGCCGCCUCUACCGGCUGUGCCGGUGAGGAAUCCCAAUCGCAAGAAGAGUCGGACUACUUCGUACUCUCUUUUCCCGACGCCGGCGAAUUGA